UUCAAAAAGGUGUCUGGAAUUGAUGUCAAAAUCACACAAAUGCUCGCCUACGACCUAGAAGAGGUCCUGGCGGGGGCGUCUUGAGUGCCGCUGAAAUCGAAUAUUACAGAAGCCUGAUACCUCCACCGAAGCCGUAGUGGAAGCUCCUACUGAACAGAUUGCUUAACGCAAUGCGACGACUGUCUCUCACCUGCAUUGGCUACUUGUGGAGCGUAACUGCUGGCAGAUGGCCAUUCAUCAAGCCCUGUUGCGUCCCAGAUAUCGAAACAGCAUCUAUGGAGUUUGUUCGGCGCCACACCACAAUACCUGUGCCCAAGGCCUUUGGAAGUUUCCGAUACCGGGAUCAAGAUUAUCUCAUCAUGACGAGGAUGCCAGGGCAUAGCUUAGAAUUCUCAGAGUGGAAAGACUUGAAAGAUAGAACAAGAUCGGUUCUGGUCGUCCAACUCCGCGAUUAUGUCCUCCAGCUUCGGAGUAUCCCUCGUCCAGUCGGAUCAUCGACGGCGGUCUGUUCUGUUCUUGGUGGGCCUGUCUACAAUUUACGGCUCUGUACUGAUGGUUCUUACGGUCCAUACGUCAACGAGGAUCAGAUGAAUCUCCAGCUCCGCUCAGGUGUUCUUCUAGAGAAUAUCAUGGUUGAUGGCGAUAGAGUGACGGGAAUAAUUGAUUGGGAGUCGACAGGAUGGUUUCCUGUCCACUGGGAGUACUUGAAGGCAAUGUUUGGAGCCAUGGUUUUUGAGCCUUGGGAGAAAGAUAUCCCCAAGAUCAUCCCCCCGUUCGAGUUUGAAGCAUUAGGGUAUUGCAAAGUGUAA